GGCCGGGGGUGUCGGAUGUCACCCCCUGCGCACACCUCGGCUGGGGGGCGGGGGAGCGAACCACUGAGAUGCGGAGACCUCCUCGGUCCUAGAGCGGAGCAGGAAGUGUCCCAGGGGAGGGAGCCGGAGGGCUUCGGCCUUUCCUUUCCUCCGCGUCCGGCGGGCUCCCGAGGCGGCCAGGCCUGCGCGGCCCGCCAACUGGGACGCGGCGCGGCGGUGCCUCCAUUUGCUCUCACUUCUUCCCUCCCGAGCGGAGCCGAGGUUUUCUGCAGAAGCAGGAGACGGGGGCUCGGCUAGCCAGGGAGCCUGGCCGCUGCAGAGAACCCGCCUCGGGAAGGACCCCCGGGAGACCGGGCUGGAAGGAUGAGGAGCUGCUGCCGUAGACUUCCGCCACAGCAGGAGGGAUUUGAGUUAGAUGCCGGGAAGGAGUUCCAGACUGUGAGCUCUUUUUGUAAAGGUCUCAAGGGCAGGGACAGUGACUUCUGCUGCAAAGCCUCAAGAUAGCGGCCUUCUCAGCUCAUCCAUUUCAAGCCCUUUCCAGGAGGACCUGGCCACCGAAGGGUCGUCUUUUGCUGCUGACCCCCAUCAAAUCCCAUCAUGCCCACAGCCCUGUGCCCCCGAGUCUUGGCUCCAAAGGAAAGUGAGGAGCCCAGGAAAAUGAGGAGCCCACCGGGAGAGAACCCUAGCCCCCAGGGUGAGCCUCCCAGCCCUGAGUCUUCCCGCCGCCUCUUCCGACGUUUCUGCUACCAGGAGGCGGCGGGCCCCCGGGAGGCCCUGCACCGCCUCUGGGACUUGUGCCGGGGCUGGCUGCGGCCUGAGAGGCACACCAAGGAACAGAUCCUGGAGCUGCUGGUGCUGGAGCAGUUCCUGGCCAUCCUGCCCCGGGAGAUCCAGGGCUGGGUGAGGGCCCAGGAGCCCGAGAGUGGCGAUCAGGCUGUGGCCGCUGUGGAGGCACUGGAACGAGAGCCGGGGAGACCCUGGCAGUGGCUCAAGCACUGUGAAGACCCUGUGGUGAUUGACGAUGGGGACAGCCCUCCAGACCAGGAGCAGGAGCGGCUGCCAGCAGAGCCCCAGAGUGACCUUGCAAAGAGCCAGGACGCCCAGCCCUUGGCCCUGGCUCAGGGUCCUGGGCUUCCAAGCAGACUAUCGGGCCAGCUCAGCGGGGACCCAGUUCCGCAAGACACUUCCCUUCUUCAGGAAGCGAGUUUGAGGGACGCACAGCAGGUGACUGCCCUCCAGCUGCCCCCGAACCGGGUUUCUCCUUUCAAGGACAUGAUCUUCUGCUUCUCGGAAGAGGACUGGUCCCUUCUAGACCCUGCCCAGACUGGCUUCUACGGAGAGUUCAUCAUUGGGGAGGACUGCGGGGUCUCACUGCCUCCAAAUGACGCGGCUGCCCAGCUGGGUCUCUCCCAGGGAGAGGAGAAUGAGCCACGUGUUCCAGAGCUGCAGGACCUCCAGGGGAAGGACAUGUCCCAGGUGUCCUACUCGGACUUCCCAGGCCUCCAGCCAUUCCAGGUAGAAGAAAGAAGAAAACGGGAUGAGCUGCAGGUUCCCGACUUCCAGACCUGCCAGCAGACAGCGCUUGCUCAGAGCACCUGCUCAGCCGGAGGUGGUGCGCCGUUCCCCGAGAACAGCCUGGAUGAGGAGGUGACCAUCGAGAUUGUCCUGUCUAGCUCUGGGGAGGAGGACUCCCAGCUUGGCUCGUACUGCGCAGACGAGCCCCGGAGCCCCAUGGAGAAGCAGCGCAGCCUCCCCUCCUCCCCCCGGAGCGGCCUCGAGGCAGCAGGCGAGGUGCAGGCCUCCUCCAAAAAGUCCUACGUGUGCCCGAACUGCGGCAAAAUCUUCCGCUGGAGGGUCAACUUCAUCCGGCACCUGCGGAGUCGCAGGAAGCUGGAGAAGCCGCACGAGUGCUCGGUGUGCGGGGAGCUGUUCAGCGACAGCGAGGACCUAGACGGGCACCUGGAGUCCCAUGAGGCCCAGAAACCUUUCAGGUGCGGCGCCUGCGGGAAGAGCUUCCGCCUCAACUCCCACCUGCUCUCCCACCGGCGGAUCCACCUGCAGCCGGACAAACUGGAGGUGGUGAAGAAGAAAGAGCAGGAGGCACCAGGGGCCCUGGGCGGGGAGCCCGACGCCCUGCUGGCCAAGGGCAAGGCCAAGCUGCAUUUCCAGUGCUGUGACUGCGGGAAGGUGUUCCAGCGACACGACCACCUGGCCCGGCACCGCAGCAACAUUCACAUGGACAAGCCCCGGCGUUUUCAGUGCCGGUACUGCGUCAAAAGCUUCUUCCAGAACUCUGACCUCCUCCGCCACCAGCGCCUGCACAUGAAACGCCGGUCCAAGCAGGCGCUGAACUCCUAUUGAGUCAGCUGCGGCCCCAGCCUGGGCAGAGCGCGCCCUGCGCACGCCUGGGACGGACUGGCUCCAGCCUCCUCCCCAGGACAGAGACCACAGCCUCCUGCUCUUUCCUCUCAGGUAGAAGUGAGAUAGUGGCCAACUGAGCAUUUGUUCUGUCUCUGCUGUGCCCAAAGCCGGGAGGGCGUGUCACCAGCAGCUUGGACUUGCCUGGGGUUUGGGGGCUUGGAGAACCCAGUCCAGUGGUCCCCAAGCGGGCGGAGGGACCAGGGCGCCUCCUGCCGCGGUGGCCCUGUGGAGGUCCGUCGCUCGCCAACUCACUUUCAGUACACUCCCGCCCCACCCUGUCCGAAGGCCCGCUGCGUCCCGAGGCCUGGGGGUGACCGCACUUUCUCUCUGACAGCAGGAGGCUGCGGGUGGGCUGAUGGGCGCGGAGGAAGGUAGUGAGGCAGGGUGCUUCCCGUGGGCACAAGGGCAGCAGGGCCAAGCACAACAAGCCAUGUCAUCAAGUCCCUGUCACCAUCUGGUCCACUGGAACGCGUCGCAAUUUUCAGAUAGCCCUUUCCCGCUCAGAAGCUUUGGUGCGGGCUUGACAGUUUCUUCUUGCCGAAGGGCAACUGUGUCGUACCUUUCAUUUGUGAUGGCGGGUAGUUUAAUUAGGGAUUGUGAGCUCAUCCAAGGCAAAGCCCACACUUCCAAUUUUAUGUUUCAACACGCUCUCUACACUGUCCUCUGUAACCCGAAGGUCACUGGUGUAUGGCUGUGGGGUAGAAGCGAAGUCACCGCCAUUUGGAAGGCACUUAAGCUCCCCCUUCCGCUUCUGUCCUGUCUAGGAAAGGGGAGCCCAGGCCCCAGUGAACGAGGGGCUCCUUGGGUGAGCUGAGCGGGUGAAGUCAGGUUCUAUGUAUGCAUUAUUAGUGUGCCUGUUGUUGGUUCAUUAGGGCUGCUGUGACAAAGGACCAAAACCUGGGGGGCUUAGAACCACAGAAAUUCAUCGUCUCUGUUCUGGAAGCCAGAAGUCUAAGAUCAAGGUGUCAGCCAGGUUGGUUCCCUGUGAAGGAAGGAUCUGUUCCAUGCCUCUCCUUUAGCUUCUGGUGGUUGCCAGCAAUCAUCGAUCCUCUUUGGCAUCUUGAAGCAUCACCCCGUCUCUGCCUUCCUGUGUAUGUUCCUGUGUACGUGUCUGUCUCCAGAUUUGCCCUUUUUAUGAAAACAGCAGUCACACUGGAUUAGGGUCUUCGCUCCGGUAUCUUCCUGUUUUAACUAGUUGUAUCCGCAAUGAUCCCAUUUCCAAAUAAGGUCACAUUCUGAGAUCCUGGGGUUAGGACUUCAGUGUGACUUUGGGGAAGGGGGAGACACAAUCCAGCCCACACCACCAGAUAAUUCUGAGGUGCUGCUAUAUCAUUCCUGAUUCACAGAUGAGUCAAUACAAACUCGAGUUAGCUUGUUCCCAAUUCAUUGGAAGCAGGAUUCAGACCCAAGCUUCUCCCAGGGUGGGUGUCCUCUGCAUGACAGCCUGUAAAGUUCAUAGCCUGGGAUUCUGAACUGGGAGUGACCAUUGGUAGUGAAACCUCAAGCAAUGAAAACCAUGGUCUUGUUCCCAGAAGACUGGCAACGUUGGCUCGGCUCAGUGGAGAGAAACCAGGGGGGCUGUGGAAUCAACAGUGGCUGAAUCAGAAAGCCAGUCACCAGGCAUGUGUUUUCUGUUGGUCUGUCAGGUCCCAUCAGCAGGCAGGAAGACUGGGUGCAUGAAUGCAAGGCCCUUUGCUCUUUGUCACCCACUUCAUUGUCACUGUAAGAGGCACUGCUACCACAAACCCAAUGAAAGAGUUGCAGGGUCUUACGAUUGCUCUGCAGGGGUAGAUGCGUCUGUAUACCCAGGAACAGGAAAUGCAAUAAAAUCAUUUAAUCAUACCUUACACGAGAAAAAACUGUUGGGACUCUUUGUUUCUAAACAGUUUGCCUUUUGGAUUGAUCUGCCAAAAGAAAAGAGAAAAAUACGAAUCCUGAAGGCCAAGGAAGUGGAAAAUUCCAAAUAAGCCAGAUUCUUUGUACAUUUACCCCCACCCACCUGUGCACUCUUGCCCAAGGAUUCCACUAAGGGGAAGGCUGUGAACCCACUCACUUCAAACAUUUGUCUAAAAGAGAAACACUGCUCUACUUGGUAUAUUUUAUAUAUGAAAUCGUAUCAUAAAUAAGACAAAGGGAAGUAAUGGAAUUGAGACCUAUGGGGAGGCUGUACGUCUGUUCAGUACUCACCAAAUAUUUUGAGGGAGCCCCCCACUCAUUGACCCACACCUGACGAAGGCACCUCACUAAUCAGAAGGUCACCUUGCCCCUGGGUUCAGAAACCUUCCUGGGUGAUGUAGCUCAGAUCCCAGGCUCUUCCCACGCAGAAGCGGCCAGUGAGGUUACCGGCGCUGGAGAGGGCUCCUCCAGAAGACAGGAGAGCCGACCCGCUUGGUCCUUUCUCACCCUCCCUGGCUGGCUGGGCAGACAGGUGGGCUACGUCUCUACCUCGUCACGGAUGUUCAGAGACCCCACAUCUGAAAAUCAUCUGUCCCCCCUGUUCCUCUGAUCCCUUGUCAUUGUUCCCAUAAACUCACAGGUGCAUAAUAAAAACUUGACUCGAUGAAUCAA